UCAUUCAUCACCUGAAGAACCAAAUCAGCAAACAAAAAACACACAACAAUCAACAAGUGAAGUCAGAUCUUAAUAAACCAAAUCCAUGGGGGAAUCAAAGAAGAAAAGCAGAUCAGUAGCAACACAGAGAGCUUGGAGUCUUGUGAGAAUGGCUCUUCUAUGGGGGAGAAAAGGUGGAAUCUUCAAGAGAUGGCACAUGUUUGAACUCCGUAACUUGUUCUCCAAGCAUCUCAAAGCGCUAGCUCAUCAUAACAGCGUUAACAACGACCGGUAUAUCUCUCGUUACGGCGAGAAACAGCUCUCUUUUGACGAGACGCCAAUCUUUAACGUUAAGAUGCAUCGUCCUGCAUCCAUGAGGUUCCUCUUACCUUGCAUUGCUCCUCCCGUUGAUUUUGACUAUGACUUCGAAUUGGACCGUCAAAAUGAUACCGAUGAUGCUGGAUCAUACGGCUACUACGAUGAGUCAUGCUAUGAGAAAUCUGACCCUGCGGCUAAGGAUCAUCAAGAGGAGGAGGAAGAAGAGAAGGGUGUUGAUGUGAGAGCAGAGGAGUUCAUUGCUAACUUCUAUGAACAGAUGAAGUUGCAGAGGCAAAUCUCGUAUUUGCAAUACAAAGAACACAACGACCUUGUAUGAUGAUGGUCAAAAGCGUCUCAAGUGUUACUUCAAUUUUUUUGUUUGUUAUCAAUAUGUAUCCCACAAUUUUACAAUCAAUUCUAUAAUAUAAUUUUGGCCUAUGAACAAAUAAAAAUGAUUUGUCGUUUGAUCUAGAA